GAGAAAUGACUUGCCUUGAAGCUCCUCCUCUUGAAAAAACUCAGAAAUUGUCAAAGCAUAUUUUAACUAUCAAAUUUAGCUAGGAGGAACAGAGACUGUCUCCUCUAAAGGGGCCUGAAAUGAAACUAUUUGGCAUUUAACUCGAUUUCUUCUCUGUUUAAUCAAAUCAUUGAGUCAGUUUUUCUGUCUCUAGGUCUAGCCUCCUUUGAAGGAUGAGUUCCCAUCAGCAGAAGCAGCCCUGCAUCCCACCUCCACAGCUUCAGCAGCAUCAGGUGAAACAGCCCUGCCAGCCUCCUCCCCAGGAACCAUGCAUCCCUCAAACCAAGGAGCCAUGCCACACCAAGGUUCCAGAGCCCUGCCACCCCAAGGUUCCGGAGCCCUGCCACCCCAAGGUUCCUGAGCCAUGCCACCCCAAGGUUCCGGAGCCCUGCCACCCCAAGGUUCCAGAGCCCUGCCACCCCAAGGUUCCAGAGCCAUGCCACCCCAAGGUUCCGGAGCCGUGCCACCCCAAGGUUCCGGAGCCCUGCCAUCCCAAGGUUCCAGAGCCCUGUCCUUCACCAGUCGUCCCAGGGCCAGCUCAGCAGAAGACCAAGCAGAAGUAAUGUGGUCCACAGCCAUGCCCUUGAGGAAUUGACCACCAGCGGCUGAAUCUCCUUUCCCAUCUGCUUCUGUUGCCCCAUUUGCAAUUAGUGUGCUGUCACCCUGAAUCAUAACCCCUCCUUCUUUGUACCCUGUAAAAAGCUUCCCUCGUAUUCAGUCUGGAAGGUUCCUGAGCUUCUGAAUCAGGUUGUAAAGCUCACUGGCUGAGCUAGUCUUCCGGCUGCUCAGGGCUCAUCUGAAGAAAGAUGUUGGGGUUGGGGGAAUCGAGUGAAUCUUCCCUGCUCUGCCCCCAUUAAAUAUGUUUAACUCAACAGCUGA